AGCAAUCCAAAAGAUCUUUCUCUCUCUCUCUAUAAUGGCAAGGAAUGUAGAGCCUCUAGUAGUAGGGAGAGUAGUAGGGGAUGUUCUUGAUUCAUUCAGUCCCACUGAUAAAAUGACAGUCACUUACAACAAUAAACAAGUUUGCAAUGGCCAAGAGCUCUUCCCUUCUGCAGUCACUAUCAGACCUAGGGUUGAGGUUCAAGGUGGUGAUAUGAGAACUUUCUUCACCUUGGUCAUGACAGACCCUGAUGUGCCUGGCCCUAGUGAUCCGUAUCUGAGAGAACAUCUUCACUGGAUAGUGACUGAUAUUCCAGGAACUACAGAUGCCACCUUUGGAAAAGAGUUGGUUAGCUAUGAGAUCCCAAGGCCUAAUAUUGGAAUACAUAGGUUUGUGUUUGUUCUCUUUAAGCAGAAAUGCAGACAGUCAGUUAGUCCACAUGCUGUUUCCAGAGAUCACUUCAACACUCGCAACUUUGCCAACGUAAAUGACCUUGGCCCGCCUGUCGCCGCCGUCUUCUUCAAUGCACAACGAGAGACCGCCGCCAGGAGGCGCUAGCGAUUGUUUGAAGUUUUUGGGAUCAUUUGGUUCACAUGCUAGUCGUGCGGGGACUAAUGCAGGAAUUAUUU